CAUUAUUUAAAUCGAGCCUUCCCAACCAAUCUUGACUGUCACGACUACCAAAGGAGACGUGGACAACCAUGGCUGAUCUUUAGGGGAUAUGCCUUACCGACUGGCCAAGCCGAUCCUCAUGCAAUGCCAAGCAGACCAAUUACUGGAGAUUGAACGAAGUUCACCCGCAGAUGAUCAAGAAAUAUGGGAAGAAAUCUGUGUUCGACAAUUCGAUAUCCAGAGAGAGCCUGGUUUUGAGGCGCCUAAAUCAUGGCGCAAAUUCCAUAUAGUUGAAACAGCACGAAGGAAGAAACUGGAGGAGGAAGCCGGCCAUCGUAUUAGGAGUAAAUACCAGGAACUUGAGGCUCAAAAGCAAGAAAAGCGUCUCGUUUUUACAGGUGGAUCUAUUCCCCCAAUGAAGCGACUUCGAGUGAAUGGAUGGGGGAAGAGCUCAACUCCCAAGACCCUUUUUGAAAAAGCCCGUUCUGAGACAGCUCGCCAAGCAGGGGUCUAUGCUGCAGGGUCUAGACCUGUCGCAUUGGGCCGACAUGUCAGACCGCUAGGACGUUUAUUGGCGCCAGGCGUUAACAACCUUACCAAGGCUCCGCAUCAAACCAACACUGUUUCCCUCAAGAGCCGUCCUCUGUUGCCCCCUGCCUCGAAUACGGGUGUCGUUGUCACAACUUCAGGACCUAAGAGCCCGCCUAUGGGUCCUUCAUCACCAACGCAAGGUUCUUCUCACUCAAGCGCCGCUAAUCAAUGCGACACCGAGUCAUCGUGUCCAUCUCCGCAGCUUUCGAGGCCAUUGCGUGUCCAGCAUUCGCCGCCCAUUCAGAGCCCCUUAUUUAUGCCAAAGCAUAGGACCCUUUCACAGCUUCCAUCGCGUGCCCGCUGAGGCAUUAUUGUUCACUCAUUCACUUCCCCACUCGCUCUCUUGUUUGUGGAUUAAUACUGUAAUGCUCUCAAGACUGUUAACUGUUUGUCACGCCUU